AUGGCCUCAUCAUCGAAAUCAUUUUCAAUAAAUACAGCGACAAAACUACGGAUAAGAGCGAAAAUCAUUGGGAAUAAAGAUGAAGAAAUGUUUGAGGUACUUCCAUCAACAAGAGUUGAUCGCUUGAAGUCAGAAAUCUCGGAUCGAGUCUCUUUGCCGGUCGAAUCGAUUAGAUUGAUUGCUGGUGGGAAACCGUUAACUGAUGAAACAAAAACACUACGGGAAUAUGGAUUUGAUGAUGAGGUCAAGAUUAUCAUCAUGUUCCCGGAAAGGGUAGAUCCAAAUGGAAGCUUUGAGAUUCGACUAGCCGCAGCUUACGGAAAUGGACGAAAUGGAACACUCGCUAUUUUACGGUUCAGAAAAGGUAUAUCCAAUUAUUCUCGUGGAAUGAAUCUCGAUCAACUUGAGCGUUUCGCAAAAGAAGUCAUUAGUAAACGCGAAAAUCAA